GUCUCACUAGCUAGAGCAGGCAACAUAGGAGUAUUAGACAAGAAGCACACAACAUGUGUGACAGACAAAGAAGACCUGUGCCUCCUUUGGGAACUCUCCGAUCCUCGUGGCUCCUAAUCUUGGUUGUCCACUCCUGUCUUUCGAGCUUUGCAGUACACCCUGCUGCUGCUGCUGCUUCUUCUUCUUCUCCAUCCAACACCGAUUUCCAAACCCUCCUUUGCCUGAAGCUCCAUCUCUCCAACGACCCCGGUGGCUUCCUAGGCUCAUGGAAGCAGAACGAUUCCAUCGGUUUCUGCCGCUGGCCCGGUGUCACUUGCAGCAAGACGAACACAUCUCGUGUCGUUGCGCUAGACCUCGGAUCAUCUGGCCUCAAUGGCCAAAUACCACCAUGCAUCACCAACCUCACUCUCCUCGCAAGGAUCCACUUCCCUGACAACCAGCUCAGUGGCCAGAUUCCACCUGAACUUGGGCAGCUGAGCAGGUUGGGCUACCUUAACCUCAGUUCCAACAGCCUUAGUGGUUCGAUCCCAAACACGCUGUCUUCCACUUACCUUGAGGUGAUUGAUCUCGAGAGCAACAAGCUCACUGGAGGUAUCCCUGGAGAGCUCGGGAUGCUCCGCAAUCUUUCGGUUCUGAAUCUUGCCGGUAACAGUUUGACAGGCAACAUUCCCAUUUCGCUCGGAAGCAGCACGUCCCUUGUUUCUGUAGUCCUCGCAAACAAUACACUCACAGGGCCUAUUCCAUCCGUGCUUGCCAACUGUUCAUCGCUUCAGGUGUUGAACUUGGUAUCAAACAACCUCGGUGGAGGCAUUCCUCCAGCCCUGUUCAACAGCACAUCGCUUCGAAGAUUAAAUCUUGGGUGGAACAACUUUACUGGGUCCAUACCAGAUGUUUCAAAUGUCGACUCGCCAUUGCAGUAUCUUACCUUGUCGGUGAAUGGUCUGACAGGCACCAUACCUUCAUCUCUGGGCAACUUUUCUUCCCUUCGCUUGCUGUAUCUUGCAGCUAACCAUUUCCAGGGCAGCAUCCCAGUAAGUAUAAGUAAAUUGCCAAACUUGCAAGAGCUUGAUAUAUCUUACAACUAUUUGCCAGGUACUGUCCCACCCUCCAUAUUCAACAUUUCUUCACUCACUUACCUUAGUUUAGCAGUCAAUGAUUUCACUAACACCCUUCCAUUUGGCAUCGGGUACACCCUUCCAAACAUCCAAACAUUGAUUUUGCAGCAAGGCAACUUUCAAGGCAAAAUCCCUGCUUCUCUAGCCAACGCAACCAAUCUUGAGUCCAUUAACCUGGGGGCUAAUGCAUUCAAUGGUAUUAUCCCUUCUUUUGGGUCCCUUUAUAAAUUAAAACAACUAAUUCUGGCUAGUAAUCAGCUGGAAGCUGGAGAUUGGUCUUUCAUGUCCUCAUUGGCAAAUUGCACACGGUUGGAGGUAUUGUCGUUGGCAACAAAUAAAUUGCAGGGGAGUUUGCCGAGUUCAAUUGGUAGUCUUGCAAACACCCUAGGGGCUUUGUGGCUGCACGCAAAUGAGAUAUCUGGUCCCAUACCACCAGAGACAGGGAGUCUCACAAACCUUGUGUGGCUUAGAAUGGAGCAGAAUUAUAUUGUUGGAAAUGUCCCGGGCACAAUAGGUAAUCUUGCAAACCUGAAUUCCCUAGACUUAUCACGAAACAAACUUUCAGGACAGAUUCCACAUUCAAUAGGCAAACUCGGUCAACUGAACGAGCUCUUUUUGCAAGACAAUAAUUUCAGUGGACCCAUUCCUAGUGCAUUAGGUGAUUGCAAAAAAUUAGUCAAUCUCAACCUUUCAUGUAACACCUUGAAUGGGAGCAUACCAAAAGAGCUUUUCUCGCUUUAUUCCCUAACAACAGGUUUGGAUUUGUCCCACAACCAGCUGUCUGCACAGAUUCCACAGGAGGUUGGUAGCUUGAUCAAUAUAGGCCUACUAAAUUUUUCCAACAACCAUAUUUCUGGGAAAAUUCCAACUACUCUAGGUGCUUGUGUCCGCUUAGAGUCCCUUCACCUCGAGGGUAACUUUCUUGAUGGCACAAUUCCUGACUCUUUCGUCAAUUUGAAAGGUAUUUCUGAGAUUGAUCUCUCCCGAAACAACUUGAGUGGGGAAAUUCCAAACUUUUUUCAAUCCUUCAAUUCUUUGAAGCUUCUCAACUUGUCCUUCAACAACCUAGAAGGUCAAAUGCCAGAAGGGGGGAUAUUUCAAAAUUCUAGUGAGGUAUUUGUCCAAGGGAACAUUAUGUUAUGCUCUAGCUCCCCAAUGUUGCAAUUGCCACUUUGCUUAGCAUCAUCUAGACACCGGCACACUUCCCGCAAUCUAAAGAUAAUUGGGAUUAGUGUGGCUCUUGUUUUGGUCUCUUUGUCAUGUGUAGCAUUUAUUAUCUUGAAGAGGAGUAAGAGAUCUAAACAAUCAGAUCGCCAUUCAUUCACGGAGAUGAAGAACUUCUCAUAUGCUGACUUAGUCAAAGCAACAAAUGGUUUCUCUUCAGACAACUUGCUUGGCUCAGGGACAUAUGGGUCAGUAUAUAAGGGUAUACUUGACUCUGAAGCAAAUGGAAUUGUUGCUAUCAAAGUUUUCAACCUUGAUGAACUUGGAGCACCGAAAAGCUUUGUUGCUGAGUGCGAGGCCUUUAGAAACACUCGUCAUCGUAAUCUUGUGAGGGUGAUUUCCGCAUGCUCGACAUGGGACAAUAAAGGGAAUGAUUUCAAAGCUCUUAUUAUUGAAUAUAUGGCUAAUGGCACCCUAGAGAGCUGGAUUUAUUCCGAAAUGAGAGAACCGUUGAGUUUAGACUCCAGAGUAACAAUAGCAGUGGACAUAGCUGCAGCAUUGGAUUAUUUACAUAACCGCUGCAUGCCCCCUAUAGUCCACUGCGAUUUGAAGCCUAGCAAUGUGCUUCUAGACAAUGCCAUGGGUGCCCGUCUCAGUGACUUUGGGUUAGCGAAGUUCCUUCCCACUCACAAUUCCACAAGUAUUACUAGCUCUACAAGCUUAGGGGGACCAAGAGGCUCAAUUGGAUAUAUUGCACCAGACAUAAAAGCGUGAGAAGAGGAAGACUCUACUGGCAUGAUUCUGUACUUAAUUAGCACAUGAUCAGAAGGCUGAUCGAGAACUAGGUUGUGACCCUAGCCAUCUGCCUGUAGGCAUGUGAGUUGGACCUACUACUAUUUGGUUUCAGCUGUUGUUUGUCUAAUAGGACAAGAUCCUAUUUGUCCUAGUAAAGGUAUUAAACUCCUUUGGCUUAAAUUCAUCUCUAUAUAUGUUUUGUAUUGGUUAUCAAUUUGUA